UGAAACCAUACGGGUUCUUAAGGUGAAAGCGCAUAGUUGAUCCGAUCGCGUCGGCCCUCUCGGUCGAACGAGAUGAGCGAGUGAGGAUAUAGUUGCUGUGACUUGCCUGUGCGUUGUUUGGGAAACGUAGAGGGACUCGCAAAAACGCAAGCUGUCGUAGUAUCGUGCUGGAGAGACCUUAAUGUGCAUCAACGUUGAGUCAUCUUCUCUUGCCUAGUUGUAGUCCGCAUCGUACAUUCAUCGAGGGACCACAGUCAUCGGGUAUCUUCAUCAACCCAACAAACUUCCCACUUUUUUAGGUUUGCGUGGUUUGUUAUUUUCCUCUUGUUCUCUUAGUAGAGGUUCUGGCAUUUUGAGCGGUGUCUUAUGCAGCUCCCGCUCUUCGCGCAGUUGUUUAGAUUGAUGCGCAUUGCGCUAUUGAAUUCAGUCUGUUUUUUCAACGUUCCGCUCUAGCAUAAAGAAAAGUGAAAAACUUGAAUCUUUUCGAAAUGUGAGAAGCCUUCGCGCCUUGCAGUUCUUGUUGGUGCAUGCUCGAGAGGUCUUGCGCUUCCUCAUCUGCUUAUCUCAGAAUCUGUUGACUCGACCGGACGAAAACGUGGGCCACUGCGUUAAGCGACACCUCAGCCCUUCAUCGAAAGAUUAGCACAAAUGAACUAAUCGCAGCACGAAAAGACACUGACUCCUCUAAUCUAGUAGGGCUCUUUUCGUGUUGCUAUCCUGUUGUAGCUCUGGCGUCGAUGAAGCGUCUUGUGUUGUAUCAACACUCUAGCCCUAACUUAACUUAGAACCACUGGUCCCAAGCUCCUUGAUGUAUUCGGAUGCCGUUUCUGCUGCUGCGCCUGCUCCUCCUGCUCGACAUACUCGCGCUCCAUUCACAUUAAGGCUUAUUUUAACCAGUUUCAAGCGUUCUACUCAAUCACGCUAUAUCUCCUCGGCUGUGAAAUAUUUUACUUGUCUAGUUUAGUUUUCAUAAAACUAGGAGUCUUCGUUUUCCUCUGCUUGGCUUUAACCAUUUGCUUUGUCGCUCUCCAAUAUUGGUUUCUCCUCGCUCACUCAUGCACUCCGUUUUCUCACUCAUUUCUAAUCUUGCAGUCCGGCAAGUGCGGGUGGAAGGUGCUAAUUGCGGCAAAUUUUGGCAUGGGUCUCUCCAUUUUUGGAUGAGGGUAGGUGGAGCUAUGUAGACUCCAGCUGAACACUGACAAGACCACUACAACAGCUGACAGUGAUAAAGACAGCCACUUGCGUGUCUUGUGCAUUAAAGGGCAGCACAGUAAGCAUUUGAACACAAUAGGAAUAACACACAUUGCAACUGCGACGAAUCUUGAGAAAGUAAAGCAAUAAACUAUACUAUAGCAG